AGACUGUUACUCUCCGUACUUCCACGACAUGUUGCCAUGGAAAUGAAAGCCGACAUCGCCGGCCAACCUAAAGAAGCACAAUUCCACAAAAUCUACAUUCAAAGGCACGAUAACGUAAGCAUUCUAUUCGCCGAUAUAUGCGGAUUUACGACACUAUCCGAUCAGUGUACGGCCGAAGAAUUGGUACGAAUUCUGAAUGAACUCUUCGCUCGCUUUGAUCGUUUGGCGUUCGAGCACCACUGCUUGCGAAUAAAAUUGUUGGGCGAUUGUUAUUACUGCGUGUCCGGUUUGCCGGAAGCGAGACCGGACCACGCGCAGUGUACGGUUGAAAUGGGCUUGGACAUGAUUGACGCAAUUGCAUUGGUUAGGGAGGUAAUGGCCGUCAACGUGAAUAUGCGGGUGGGAAUCCAUACCGGGCGAGUACACUGCGGCGUUUUAGGAUUGCGAAAGUGGCAGUUUGAUGUUUGGUCGAACGACGUCACUUUAGCAAACUACAUGGAGAGUGGAGGAAUACCUGGGAGGAUUCAUAUAACCAAAGAGACUCUUUUAUGCCUAAAUGGGGAUUACGAGGUAGAGGCUGGAAAUGGUGGGGACCGAAAUACAUAUUUGAAGGACCAUAAUAUUGACACCUACCUUAUAGUUCCUAAGGACUCGUACAGAGCAACCAAGAGGCCUCACCAGGCAUUCACAAUGAAUGGAGACAUAUCAAAAGAAAUGCGAGUGAUGGGGCACGGAUCUCAGCAUGGGAAACAUGGCUCAAAUAUUACCUCCAGGUUGGGUUUUGGUGAUACAGUGGACGAGAAAAACCCAGAAGACGAAGUGAACGAAUACUUAAUGAAGGCGAUUGAUGCAAGAAGUAUAGAUCGAUUACGAACAGAGCACUGCAGGACUUUCCUGUUAAACUUUCGAGAUGCACAAAAGGAAGCAAAGGUAUGUGAGUAA